AAUUGUUUUUAGAAAAGCAAACUGUCGUUGAUCCAAUGGCAAGUCUUAGCUACAUUGUUUACGUGUUGGCCAGCCUAUUCAACCCAAUUACCUUCCUUCUAUACGGUCAUCGUGAUCAUGGCGAUCAGUACUACAGUAGUACUAGUAUAGAACACAAUCAAAGUAAGGUGGCGUUGUUUGUGUUUGGGGACUCACCAUUUGAGGCUGGAAACGACCAAUACCUAAUUCCUAAUGUUACGGUAGAAGAUGAUGCAGCAAUAGCCUGGCCAUAUGGAAUGACUUUCUUCCACCAUCCUACUGGAAGAUUCAGUGAUGGGCGUAUUGUCCCCGAUUUUAUUGCUAAGUUUGCAAAGCUGCCGAUGCUUCCACCAUACUUGCAACCCGGUCCACAUGAUUUUACCGAUGGAUCCAACUUCGCUUCGGGUGGAGCCGGGGCCCUUGCAACAACCAACACAGGAACUGUGGCAAGUUUUCCAAUGCAGUUGAGUUAUUUUAGGAAUGUGACAAAGUUGCUACAACAGAAACUGGGUCAUUUAGAAGCCAAACGUAUUCUGAGAAACGCUGUGUACUUGAUUAGCAUCGGAGGCUGUGAUUAUUUCAGCUUCUAUGCUACAUACCCAAAUGCGACCGAGCCCCAGCAAGAGGAAUAUGUAGCAAUCGUGAUUGGUAACUUGACCACUGUGCUUCAAGGGAUAUAUAACUUAGGAGGAAGGAAAAUUGCAUUUCAGAAUGUGGGAUCUCUUGGGUGCCUACCUGCAAUGAGACAAAUAUUCGGUGUUACUGAAGGGUGCGUUGAAGGACUUCUGAGUUUGGCGAACCUACACAAUACAGCUCUAGCUAAUGUCCUCAAAGAGUUAGAGAGCCAACUAUCAGGAUUCAAAUAUUCAAUAUUUAACUACUAUGAUGCGACUGAGGAUCGAUACCUUAACCCUGCAACAUAUGGGUUCAAAAAUGGGUCGGAUGGAUGCUGUGGUACAGGACCGUACAGGGGAGUUGAUUGUGCAAUAGAACCGUUUGAAUUAUGCGAAGACCCUGGUGAGUAUGUGUGGUUUGAUGGUGGCCAUUCGACUGAAAGGGCAAACUUCCAAUAUGCAAAGCUAAUAUGGAGUGGAACCCCGAAUACCACAGGGCCUUACAAUGUCCAACAGCUUUUUCAGCAAGUUUGAGAUCAUUAAUCCCUCACUUGAAAGUUAUUUAUGAUUUUAUGUAAUAAAAGCUAAACUUAUUCCUACAAGUUAAUUGUAAUGCUUUAGUUUGAACGGGGAGAGUUUCUCUUAAUUAGUUCUCAAUAAUUUAAUAGUUUCUGCAGUA